CAGAGGCCCACAAUACGCAUGUGUAGGACAAGCGUCUGGGCAUGCGCUCAUCUUUUGAACCUGCCCCUCCACCACUACCACUAUGGCGGAGGCAGUUUCUGUGCCCCAGUUUCGGCCAGUUACACACCUGAUAUUUGACCUGGAUGGGCUCCUUCUGAAUACUGAAGACUUAUAUACUGAUGUGUUUCAAGAAAUAUGCAGUCGCUACGGGAAGAAAUACAACUGGGAUGUUCAGUCCCUGGUCAUGGGGAAGAAGGCUAUAGAGACCACACAGAUCAUUGUAGAGUUCCUGAAGUUGCCUAUGUCCAAAGAAGAACUAUUGAAAGAAAGCCAGGAGAAGCUGCAGAAGGUGUUACACACAGCUGCACUCAUGCCAGGAGCUGAGCAAUUGAUCCACCACCUAAGGAAAAGACGCGUACCCUUUGCCCUGGCCACCAGCUCCGCGUCUAACUCCUUCCAUAAAAAGACCAGUCGACACAAAGGGUUAUUUAGUUUAUUUCACCACAUUGUUCUGGGAGAUGAUCCUGAAGUACUGAAUGGCAAGCCAGCCCCAGAUAUAUUUCUAACCUGUGCCAAGAGGUUCUCUCCUCCCCCUGAACCAGCAGACUGCCUUGUCUUUGAAGAUUCUCCAAAUGGGGUGGAGGCAGCUGUGACUUGUGGGAUGCAGGUCGUCAUGGUACCUCAUGAAAACCUGAGCACAGACCUAACGAAAAAAGCCACCCUGGUGCUGAGUUCCCUCCACGACUUCAAGCCUGAACUGUUUGGUCUACCUGCCUAUGAGGAGUAAGGAUGAACGGUGACCAUACUGCUGUGGGCCUCAUGUAACCCAAGGUUGGUUCAGGACCCACAUUGCUGAGUGGAAACAUUAGGAAAUCAACAGCAUCCAUAUUGUUAACCUUUACUGUCACUGUAGGUUAUAAAGUCAUGUGUUCCA